GUCAAAAAAUUAUUUUUUGGGGCGGAAAAUCAGAACAAAAACGGGGGCCAUAAUCCCGACCCCCUCCCAACCUCGAAUGCAGUGAAGAAUCUUAAAAAUGACGAAGAGCUCUCCUCCUUCGAUUCAAGCUCUAUAUGACCUCUGCAAGAAGACCUUCGCGCCCUCAGCGACACGUCCGCCUUCUUCUCUGGCCAUUAACAAACUCUGCUCCUUAUUGGACACAAUAGGUCCUGCUGAUGUUGGGCUUGAUGAUGGAAACAAAGAGAAUGAUAGAGGUCAUGGUCCUCUUGGAAUUAAGCUAUUCAACAGAGCAAGUCGAUGGGCUCAGCCAAUAACUUACGUCGAUUUGCAUGAGGGUGAAAAUUUCACAAUGUGUAUGUUUUGCUUCCCUGCUUCCUCAGUUAUUCCUCUUCAUGAUCAUCCUGGCAUGACCGUAUUGAGCAAAGUUCUAUAUGGUUCUUUGCACGUGAAAGCAUAUGAUUGGAUUGAGCCGGCCAACAUCCAGAAAAUCAAGGGAGCCGGUCCUGCUACAGUGAGAUUGGCUAAAUUGGCAGUCGAUGAAGUUCUGACAGCACCGUGCAGUACAUCUGUUCUGUACCCAAAGAGUGGAGGGAAUCUGCACUCUUUUACUGCAAUAACUCCUUGUGCUGUGCUUGACAUCCUUGCACCUCCUUACGAUGAAGUUGCUGGUAGGAAAUGUACGUACUACCAAGAUUAUCCCUGCAACAGCUUCCCGACAGGAGAGGAUGGACAUGAGAAUGGUGUUGAAAACGUGGAGUAUGCGUGGCUUGCGGAGAUCAACACGCCGGAGGAUCUGUAUAUGCGUUCGGGUGUGUAUGAGGGUCCACCCAUCCAGACUUGAUAGUCUUUGAAAGGUUCACUAUUAUGAAUUUUAGAGUAACAACCUUCAACAUAUUCUUGGUGCUUUGUCUCUAUGGAAGGAUGUAUUGUAUAGGAUUCAACAAUAUUAUGGAAGAAUAUCAAGUUUAAAUCUAUUCUAUUGUACCAUCUGCAUUAUGUAGUACUACAUGCGCUGAAAUCCUAAGUAUGCUUAAAAGUUACAGAUUC